CCCACAGGUGUGUCUGUACUCCCCGUUGGUUAUCUUAUCCUAACGCCAUUGCCACAUAGACCCAGGAUACCAUGCAGUCUCUUGGAUUGGAAGUGUCAGGGACAGAAAAACUAAUGAAACGGAGCUAUCCUUGUCGCCUUUGUUAGUGUUCGGCAAGUGAGUUUUCCAGUGUAAUGUGCCCCGUGUCAGUACAACUGUACCAGGUCCUAGAAGAGGGGGAGGCACAGGUGGUUAGCUUUCUUGAAAAGUAAAGACACGCUGGCACUAAAGUACCAAGAACCACAGCCUAAGAGGAAGGCUUCUCUCGAUCUUCGUCAAGGUUAAGAGGAGCAAUUGAGACCAUCAUCUGUGGUUUAUGCUGCCAGUUACCAAGGCCACUGGGCCCUUGAUGUGCACAGGUCAGUUCCUAGCUUUGUUUUCUUCCAGAUCCUGGGUGGGGUGGAAGUUUACUACAGAGGUUGAUCUGGUGUGGGGGAGCAAUUGAACUGAAUGUGGAGCUGGUGGCAUCUGUUCUUGGUUACCACAAAUCCUUGUACAUUGGGGGCAUGGACAUCAUAGUAUACCUUAAAAUAGUUGGGACUCCCCCUGCAUCCCUUGGUGCUGCUGCUUGAGCUCGCGGACCGUGACUCUUUUAACCCCUAUCCCUAAUUCCUCUUCACGUCCAUUUGCUUUCCUCUUCCCCCACAGGGUGAUGGGUAACUAUGAGCCUGAUCUCCUGAGGUCAUGCCAGGCAGUCUUGGGGGUAGGUUACUGGCAGGAGAAAUGACUGUUACGAUGCUUCCCCCUCACCCCUGCCUCUUGCUUCCCUGGUCCUGCGGUUAGAUCCCAUUGCUCUCUGUUGCCUUGGUAACGAGCUCUGCAAGAAGAAACUCAAGCUCAGCAAAGCUCCCAGGUUGUCUGCCCUACCAGUCCGCCUCUUGGUGGGCAGAAAGGGAGUACAAAGGGCAGACAGAUCAGCCUUAGGUAGCCUUGCCCCAUCCCCUUCUAGGGUCUGGGCUCAAAGUUGUUUUGCCACCAUCUCACAGUUGUUAAUGAUACCACUCUUGAUAAUUCCAUGCCGCCCCCCCUCCUCUGUGGGGUCAACGCUCAGGCCUACUACCUUGUGGGCGAUCCAGAACAGUAAGAACUUCAAAUCCUGAAGUUGUCUUCCAGCAUUGGCAGCCCACUUGGGUUGGGUUGUCCCUCUGGGGCAGUGAUCCUCAACCCUGGCUAUUUGAAUCACUUGGGGAUCUUUCACGUGUCAUCCUUGUGCAGGGACCAAGCUAAUCUCUAUAUAGCUCCAAUUUUAGUAUAUGUGCUGCUGAAGUGAGCACCACUUGGGGAUCUUUUAAAAAAUACCAGAAACCUUGGCCUUGCCUCAAAGAUUUAACUGGUUUAGAGUGUGGCCUAGGCAUCAGUAUUUUUGAGAAGUUCCCCUGGAUUCCAGUGUGCACUUGGGGCAAGAACCACUGUUCUAGGAGGGCCAUGACUCAGUGCUGGCUUUCCUUCCUGAUUAAAGUCCUUGAACUUAGUCUCUGUCCAAUAUCCUUGAGUAGUUGCAGGGGUGCUGGGGUCUUACUCCCCAAGCUUUCAGUUUCCAGAAGUGUCUGCCUGUUUUAUUUCCAGCCCCCACACCCUCCACACUCCCCAAUUCUUCCCCCUUCCUAACGACAAUCCCAAAUCCUGCCCAGAGAGGAGGUUACCAAGGCAACCAGCUUAAUCUGGUAACUGUGGCAUGUGCUGGGAGUGGAGCCCUCUCGUCUUCUUAUUUGGUUCACAAAAUGCCUGGGGAGCUCCUAGCCACUCCAGCCAGUUUCUCCUCUUAACCCCAGGGAUAGUGGGGUGUCCAAUAAAGGGAGCCCAGCAAGCUGAUACUUGGAUCUCUAUUCCAGCUUCUUAGCCAAAACUGCUCUCUCCCUUUUACUAUUCCCUUUCGAAAUCCACAGAUGGGUGUGCAAAGCUUUAUUUCUGUGAACACAUGCUCUAGCACACAUAGGACCAGAUAUGCACACACAGUGACAUGUGUGUAGUACACACCCUGUUCAGUUCAACCACCACUCCCAGCCUUUAGCAUUCCUGUCCCUGCCUGGUCCCUGCACAGUAAACAGGGGUGGGGCAUUGUCCAAGGAGCUUCAAUCCCUCUGGAACCUGGUGCCACUCCCCCACCUUGUUAUUUUAACCUUGAUGUGUUUACACUGAGUGUGUCUCUACAUCCACACUCCUAAGGGCAGUGUAUCCUUAGGGACAGAAUGCUCCUGGCACAGGCAUCAGGAAUAAAGAUCAUUGAGAGUGCAAAUUGGCACCCCUUUCCCUACUUCAUGGCCAUGUCAGCUCCGGAGGGGCUCUCUAUGCUUAAUGAUGUUGGACGGCAGUUCUAGAGCUUGUCACUCAUCUCCGUGGCCCUGCUGUCUCCUGCUGCCAGCUGGGCUCAGGUGCCCUUAUACUCCUCAUCUCCCGCGCCCCCCUCCCCCCGGCCUCCUCUCUCUUCUCCUCACCCCAACUAGACCUGCCACAACCUGCUGCUCCCUGCCUGGAUCCUACCUGCCUGCCGGUACCUGCCUCUCACAAGCCAGGCCCUCAUCACCUAUUGUGCCCUACCAGAAAGGGCAGAUGGGCACCGCCCCCAGUGCCAAUGCCAAUCCACCCCAGGCCUUUCCAGCCCUUCUUAUAGAAGGAACGUAAAGACCACAAAUAUGGCAACAGAACAUACUGUCGGGGUUGAGAGUGAUGGACACCCAAUCAGCAAUCUUUGUAGGCCUCACCUGAGUACAGGUAAGCCCAAAUUGUGCAAGCCACACACCUGCUCUACUUCUUUGAAAUGAUACUUAAGAGCCCCUGUUACCCCCAAACCAGGACUCACUCUCCAUUGGUAAAUCACUCCAUCACUUUUGCCCUUAUUUCUGCAUCUGCCCUGACGCCAAUCCCAUUCAGCCCCUUACUAUUUCCCCCGAGGCCAGCCCCGGCGCCCAAGUUCAAGCCUCGCGCGGCCCAGGGGGCGGGUCCAGAGAGGGCAGGGGCGGGGACUGGGCGGGGACUGGAGGAGGGGGCGCGGUCUCAGUUCUGCCACCUUCCCCCCUGCCAGGAGCGCAGCCGCCGCCGCCGCCGCCGCCGCCGCCGCCUCCGCCGCGUCCUCUCUCAGCCUUGCGCUCCGCCCGCUGUCUCUGCCGCCGCAGCCCGGCCCAGGAGCGCAGAGCCCGGGGCACUGGCCCCGCAGCCUACCCGCCCUCCGGGCCGCGUGCCGGCUGCAGCCGACAUGGGGGGCCACUAAGAGCGAGCACUCUUUCCCUCUGGCACCUCCCCGGGCCACUGGCCACUGGACCCCGGCCAGCGAGCCUCGGGCACCUCUGGCCCCCAGUCCGGCGCCUGGCACAGCCCUCCGCUCUGCCUCUCAGGCUCUGAGCAUCGUGUCCCCGCCCCCCCCGCCCGCGCCUGGGACACCUGGGUCCCCCGGCGGCCCCGAGGAGAGGGGCGGGGGGGGGGGGCAUGAAGCCGUUGGAGAAAUUUUUGAAGAAGCAGACGUCGCAGCUGGCGGGGCGAACGGUGGCGGGAGGUCCCGGCGGGGGUCCGGGAAGCUGCGGCGGGCCUGGCGGGGGCGGGGGACCUGGCGGGGGCGGCGGUCCAACCGGAGGACUGCGGCCGCUGCAGCGGCGUCAGAGCGUGUCUCGCCUGCUGCUCCCCGCUUUCCUCCGGGAGCCCCCCGCCGAGCCGGGGCUGGAGCCGCCCCCUGAAGAGGAAGGGGGAGAGCCGGCGGGGGUCGUGGAGGAGCUCGGCAGCGGGGGGCCCUGUUGGCUACAGCUCGAGGAGGUGCCGGGGCCCGGGCCGCUCGGGGGAGGGGGGCCCCUGCGCUCCCCUUCCUCGUACUCCUCUGACGAGCUGUCCCCGGGCGAACCCCUGACCUCCCCGCCCUGGGCCCCCCUGGGCGCCCCCGAGCGGCCGGAGCAUCUUCUGAACCGGGUGCUGGAGCGGCUCGCCGGAGGGGCCACCAGGGACAGCGCUGCCUCAGAUAUUCUGCUGGAUGACAUCGUCCUCACCCAUUCUCUCUUCCUCCCCACGGAGAAAUUUCUGCAGGAGCUACACCAGGUCAGUUUUGUUUGGGCAGGAGGCAUGGAGGGCCCUGAGGGGCUGGGCCGGAAGCAGGCCUGUCUAGCCAUGCUCCUUCAUUUCCUGGACACCUACCAGGGGCUGCUGCAGGAGGAAGAGGGGGCCGGCCACAUCAUCAAGGAUCUGUACCUGCUGAUCAUGAAGGAUGAGUCCCUUUACCAGGACCUCCGAGAGGACACAUUGAGGCUGCACCAGCUUGUGGAAACAGUGGAGCUAAAGAUCCCAGAGGAAAGCCAGCCACCCAGCAAGCAAGUGAAGCCACUCUUCCGUCACUUCCGCCGCAUCGACUCCUGUCUGCAGACCCGAGUGGCCUUCCGGGGCUCUGAUGAGAUCUUCUGCCGGGUCUACAUGCCUGACCACUCUUACGUGACCAUCCGCAGCCGCCUCUCGGCGUCUGUGCAGGACAUCCUGGGCUCUGUGACAGAGAAAUUGCAGUACUCGGAGGAGCCUGCGGGGCGUGAGGACUCCCUCAUCCUGGUAGCUGUGGCUUCCUCUGGAGAGAAGGUCCUUCUCCAGCCCACUGAAGACUGUGUCUUCACCACACUGGGCAUCAACAGCCACCUGUUUGCCUGCACGCGGGACAGCUUUGAGGCCCUGAUGCCCCUCCCUGAGGAGAUCCAGGUCUCCCCUGGAGACACAGAGAUCCACCGAGUGGAGCCCGAGGACGUUGCCAACCACCUUACUGCCUUCCACUGGGAGCUCUUCCGAUGUGUGCACGAGCUGGAAUUCGUGGACUACGUGUUCCACGGGGAGCGCGGCCGCCGGGAGACGGCCAACCUGGAGCUGCUGCUGCAGCGGUGCAGCGAGGUCACGCACUGGGUGGCCACCGAGGUGCUGCUCUGCGAGGCCCCGGGCAAGCGCGCGCAGCUGCUCAAGAAGUUCCUCAAGAUCGCGGCCAUCUGCAAGCAGAACCAGGACCUGCUGUCCUUCUACGCCGUGGUCAUGGGGCUGGACAACGCCGCCGUCAGCCGCCUGCGCCUCACCUGGGAGAAGCUGCCAGGGAAAUUCAAGAACUUGUUCCGCAAAUUUGAGAACCUGACAGACCCCUGCAGGAACCACAAAAGCUACCGAGAAGUGAUCUCCAAGAUGAAACCUCCUGUGAUUCCCUUCGUGCCUCUGAUCCUCAAAGACUUGACUUUCCUGCAUGAGGGGAGUAAGACCCUUGUCGAUGGUUUGGUGAACAUCGAGAAGCUGCAUUCAGUGGCUGAAAAAGUGAGGACAAUCCGCAAAUACCGGAGCCGGCCCCUUUGCCUGGAUACGGAGGCUUCCCCCCAUCACCUGCAGACCAAGGCCUAUGUACGCCAGUUCCAGGUCAUCGACAACCAGAACCUCCUCUUUGAGCUCUCCUACAAGCUGGAGGCUAAUAGUCAGUGAGAACAGAGGUGCUGGUCGGCGCCCACCAAGGUCCUCGGGCACCUGGCACUCAAGCACUUUGCACGAUGUCCCAACCCACCCCUGACAUCUUUCCACUGGAGCAACUUCCUACCCCUCCGGAAAGAGUCAGAUGGACUUAACCCCUGGACUCAUAAGCCUGUUCAUCCUGCUGAAGCCCUCUCCCCCUUGCUCCUUCCAGCCAAAACCAUACUCUGCUGGUUCCUGCCCUUGCAGGGAAGGGGGGCAGAGUGCUCCUUCCUCUGUCUCCUCCCAUCGAGGUCUGUUCCAGAGAUGGAGUUUCCAACCUCCUCCCAAGCAGGCAGGAAAGCUGCCCACCCUCCUGUCUCGCAGAGCGGAAUCGUGGGAGGGAUUGGCAGCCUUCCUUUCCCCCCCCGUCCGGCCUUUCCCUGGUCAGGGCUGGGACCCCUGGAUGUACCCCCUGGAAUAUUAUAUCGCCCUUGUGUCUGUGUGUGUGUGUGUGCACCUGUCCCCUUUAAGAAGCAGGAGUGCAUCCGGUAAUUGAGGGAGGGUAUUGUGUGUAGAGGGGUCCUCCUGUUUGGUGCUACCCUGGUCUACUCUGCCCUGCCGUGGUGCGGGAUGCUUUCCCCACCCUCACCACUCCCUGCUCAGCUCCUUUUGCUGCCCUGCAUGCCCAAGCCUGUGGGUGAGGCUCUUUGUGGGGCAGGGGGCAACCUGUCAGCCCUUGGGAGCCCCCACGCAGGCCUCCCCGAGGUCUCUGGGGGGCUCCAAUGAAAGGGUAAAAGAUGCUCAGGGAAACAGGCCUAAGCUGCCUACAGGACGCUCCCUCUGCAUUGUGGGGUGGGAUGUGGUGGUACCAGGAGUUGGAGGUGUCUGGGGCCCACCCUCCUGCUUUAGGGGUGUCUCCUGUUAAGAAUGGAGCUGUCACCCCCCUUCUGGCUCUGGUGGGACACCAACCACAUGGUCUCUAGCCUUCCCCCUGUCUUGACUCCCUCUGGGUCCUCCCCAUCAGAGCUGGGGGGGGUGGACCCCUGUACCCAGAAGUGAGAGGGGAGGCAAUGGCCAAGCCUGUCAAGGUGGAACUGGACUGUGGUGACGCCUUUAAUACCUCUGUGUCUCCCCACCGUCUCCCACACGGGCCUCCAGGGCCGCGGGGCGCAGGGCUCCUGGCAGCUACCGGGUGAGGUUUCCCGGCACAGCCUCACCCCCCUUUUUGGCACCCCCCCUUUCCCUUCUGAAGAGGCAGCGGCGGCAACAGCGAAAACCCCUGCUGUUCCUGUUCCGAGGGUGUACAUAUUUUUUACCAAAAGCUCUGGAAUUGUAAAUCUAUUUUUUAAAACUCCAAGAGGGGAAGAGCCUUGUAUCAUAUGUAAACAUUGUAUCAUAGGUUAUGUUGUACAGUCCCUUUUCUACAGUGGUCCUUCUGGUUCCUGCCACAGAAAUGUGUAUGGGUUCCCCACCCCCAGCCGCACAUACACAGGCACCGUGUGGCCUCCUCCAUCCCCUACAGACAGUGACCAGAGCCCCUGCCCCGCCCGCCCCGCUUCCUCCCUGCGGCGGCCCACGCACACUCCUCUCCCCGUGGCCACCCUUGCUCCCUCCCCGCUCCGCAGCCUGCUCACGCAGCUCCCACAGCCCUCCUCAAGCCCUGGGGUCCGCCGCCGCCCGCCCCUAGCCUUGAUGCCGCCCCGCCGCUCCCCAGCUUUGCUCCCCAGCUUUGCCAGAGUGACCCGCGUGUCCCGGACAGGCUCGGGGGUCUGCAGAAACCGCUGGGGGUGAGAAAAAGCUGAUAAAGUCUAUGAAUCAAGCUGCUUGCUGUUCUCCAUUCUGUUUCUCUGAGGCUGGGGGCAGGGGGUGAGGGAGGGAAGAGGGAAGAGGGGACCCCCCUUUCAGUGCACUGGGUCCCUCAGCAGGGCUGUUCUGGAAUAACUGAAAGUGUGGAUGAGAGGGAAAGGUGCCAACCUCAUGAGACUUGUCAGUGUCUGGCCUGGGUGGCUCAGUCGGUUAAGUGUCUGCCUUCGUCUUAGGUCAUGAUCCCAGGGUCCUGGGAUCAAGCCCGGGAUCGGGCUCCCUGCUGGGCGGGAAGCCUGCUUCUCCCUCUGCCCCUCCCCCCACUCUUUCUCUCUCUCUGAAAAAUAAGUAAAUAAAAUCUUUUUUAAAAAAUAAAAAAAAUAGGGGCGCCUGGGGGGCUCAGUCGUUAAGCGUCUGCCUUUGGCUCAGGUCAUGAUCCCAGGGUCCUGGGAUCAAGCCCCACAUUGGGCUCCCUGCUCGGCGGAAAGCCUGCUUCUCCCUCUCCCUCUCCUCCUGCUGUGUUCCCUCUCUCGCUGUGUCUCUCUCUGUCAAAUAAAUAAAUAAAAUCUUUAAAAAAUAAAUAAAUAAAAAUAAAAAAUAAAAACAGCGGCAAUACCAGUGUCAAUGAGGAUGUGAAGCAAUUGGAACCUUUAUACACCGUUGGCGGGAGCAUACAUUGGUACAGCCGCUUUGGAAACCUGCUUGGCAGUGUCUACCAGAACCAAAUGUACACCUGACCUGUGACCCAGAAUUCCCACUCCCAAGAGAAAUCAGUGCUUGUGUCUACCGAAAGACAUGGACAGCAGUGAUCACAACAGUUUCAUUAACGACAGUGAACUGGAGAAAGCUCAGCUGUCCUUCAACAGGUGAAUGGAUAAAUCAAGCGUGCUAUCUUCUUACAGUGGAAUACUACAUAGCAAAAACAAAGAACAAACAACUACCCGAACGACUGAAUCUCAGACAUAACAUUGAGUAAAAAAACAAAACAAAACAAAAAACCCCGAAAAAAACCAGACACAUAAGACUACAAAUUGUAGGAUUCUUUUUAAGAGAAGUUCAAGAGCAGACAAAAUUAAUCUAUGGGGAUAGAAGUAAAAAAUAGGGGUUUCUUGAUGGGCAGGGGAGAGUACUGACUGGGAAGGGGCAUGAAGAAGUCCUCUGUAGUGGUAAAAAUGUUCUAUAUCUUGACCUGAGUGUGUGUGUGUGUGUGUGUGGUAUGCUCACCGAAUUGUGAGAUUUAUACAUUUCACUGUAGGUAUAUCUCAACUAAAACAAUUCAGAUCAUAACACUCCUGUUUCCAAUAACACAUUAAAAAUCAAAGUCCUCCCUCUCUGACCACCUCUCCUACCCCCCUCCUCUCACUCACCCCCCCAACAGUCACAUUGACUGCUUUACCGUUCCUAAACUCCUCUAACACCCAUUCCUGUGUCAGGGAAUCACUUUUGCUCUUUCCUGAGCCUUCCCUGACCACGCUGACCCCAUCUCACCCAUCCCUCCCUCUCUGUCCCCUACCCCCUGUAUUGUCUUCAAGGUACUCAUCACCCCCAACAUCAUACAUACUUCUCUGUUUUUUCUUCGUGCCUCCGCUCCUACAAGAAUGUUAGGUCUCAGCUCCAUGGAUGUCUUGUUUGCUAUCCAGAGCCUAGAACAGUACCUGGAACAGAGAAGGCAUUCAAUACGUACUUGCUGAAUGAAUAAAUUAGGUUGGUUGAAAUAGGAGCUGUAAGUGCAGACAAGACACAAGCUGACAAGCCCUCUAGGAAUUGAGCCAAAGAGAUUCACUACUGGUCUGGGGAUAGGAGGUGGGGGACAGUAAAAGAAAGCUUCUUGGAAGAGAUGACCCAGGACUUAAAGCAGGUUUGAUGGCCAAAGUGUGAAGUGGGAAGUCAGGGAUGAGGCACUGGGAGACACUGCUCAGCACUGGGAGCUGCCCCUGCCCUGUGGACUGGUCACGAGGGGAGCUAGAUGUGUGGGGGCUGGACAGGUUCUGCCCUCCUCAAAGGGUGCUGGUCCCACUCUGGAGGAUUCCAUGCCCUGGGGCAGGAUCAUAGGGGCCAUUCCUUUCUGUCCCUACUCCUAUACCCCUGGGAGGGCAGGGAAAGUGGUAUGGGUUAUUCCCCUCAUCCCCAUCUUGGCCAUCUUCAGACCCAUCAGUCCUCUGCUCCCCUUCAGGGGUGAUGAUGAGAAUUGACAUUUGGAAGGGUGUCCUUUACCACCCACUAUGCUUGGCUUUACGUGCGUUCUCUCAUUUAGUUCUCCCAACAAAGAGGUUGACUCUAUCAGUCUCACUUUCCAGAUGAGAACUGAGGUCACGAGGAAUUUCUCAUCAGAUGCAGAGAGGCCAACUCUCAUAGCUAGCAAGAAUUUGAACCCAGUUAUUCUGACUCCAGAGCCCAUGGUUUAAGGUCUGCACAAUCCCCACAAGCUUGAAUAACUAAGAAAUGUCCACCUUGCACUCACCAGACUGCAGUGGCCACCUGACUAUAGCUGGGGGGUGGGGACACUAUCCUUUCUUGUCCCUUCCUGCACUCUGCCUGAGUUCUGCCUCCCUGUGUGGAGAGUGGCCAAGACACAAGACGUGGUCAAGGGCUCUGUGGGCUGUGUGGGGAGAGGACGACCUUACUUAGUAGCAUUGCACAUCCUAGGCUGCUCUAGCAGUGAACAAAAGGGUGCAAAUGAUUUGGAGUGGUCAGAGGACCAGCCUAGGAAGAUGCCCUCCUGAUCAGGUGUAUAGAGAGCAGAGGGGAGAAUUUAAGCAGUGCCCUUUGAAUCCACUAGGUGUCACCACCAAGAUUACUUACUUUCUCUUAACGCUUGGGGAUAGAGGAGGGUAGAGUAUUUCUUGGGGGAAUACUGAAUCUCUCUCUCUCUCUUUUUUUUAAAAAAUUUUUUAUUGUUAUGUUAAUCCCCAUAAUACUGAAUCUCUCUUACUGAAUCCCCAUGGCAUGAGUCAGAAGGUUGACCAUCCCUGACUUCCCAUUUGUAUCUUUCAUUCUCCUCUUUCUUUUUUUUUAAAUUUUAUUUAUUUAUUUGACACACAGAGAGAGAGAGCACAAGUAGGCAGAGCCAUAGACA